AUGCAACGAAGUGGGAAAGGCGGUGCUUUGACUGGUAUCCAGCAACGGAUAUCAUCUUCAUUACCUUUAAUUAUUAAAAUAUUACUGGGAGUGGAACUAACAUUAGCAGUUUUAAUCUUUUUCAUGGAAAUUGGAAUUAUCUUCAUUUUCGACACGUAUUCUUAUUUAUUUUCUUCUUUUUUUCGACUAGUCAAAGAAUUAUCCGUAGAAAGAUGGUGGACGAUUAAUGCAAUUACUCAGAGCAUAUUAUUUGUGCUUACAAUUAUUUUAAUUGAAAUUACUGGAAACUAUGUCAAUACACAUGGUUCCACAACAAGUCUUUAUUGCUCUUCUACGUCUACAUCAUCGGAUGCUAAAUAUGCAUGUUCAAAAUAUCAACUACAUCAAGCACAAUUAGCAUUUGCUAUUUUGAUGUUUUUUGCUGCAUUAACAUUUCUCGGUUUUUUUCUCUACUUAAGAUUUCUGGUUAAAAGAUUUCCAGAGGCAACCACAAGUACAAAACCAGUAUCCCAUGUGACACGAUAUCCAUCAACAGUCCCACCACUUUACACCUCAAAGGUGAUUGUACCACCAACAAGUGGAUUUCCAACUACUAUACGUCAAGAUACCUCAGUAACGGGACCAAUAAAAGAAAUUACAUGUCCUCAUUGUCAAGUUAUAAUACCACUACCAGUACCUAAAAGAACAUACUAA